AAACCCGCAUAUCGUGAAGUAACAAGUUGCUAUGGAAAUAAACAAUUAAGGCAAACGCUAGUAACACUACUGCAAUCUGUCGUUCGGAUAGUUUUGUCAGUAGUGUUAAAUUUUCAAUUUGUAUUUCAAACAUUCAAAACAAUGUCUAACUUAGAUUUAAUUUCAGACCAUUCCAAAGAAAAAUUAGUCACAGUGCCAAGAAAUGUGUUAGAUAUGGUCAAUUUGAAAAUGUUGUUUUUAGAAGGAAAUUUUUUAACUAAGCUGCCAGAUGAUAUUUUUUGGAAAUUGCCGAGGUUGAUGUGGUUAGAUUUGAGGAAUAAUUUGCUGGAGUCGGUGCCUACUAGUAUAGGAUUUCACGAAAAAUUAGAAAAUUUGUUACUUAGUAAUAAUAGCCUGGAGAGGCUUCCCAAUGAACUUGGUACUGUUCCAAAUUUAAAAGCCUUGCAAGUGACGGAUAAUCCCUUAAUCUAUCCAGAAAGAAAAAUUAUAAUGGAAGGAACAAAGGCCAUUAAAAAAUUUCUUAAAGCGCAAUACGAUAAAUCGUCAAAAGAAGAAGAGGACGACCUCUCAGAUAGAAUAACCGAGUUGGACGAAAAUUCUCAAAUUGAGGACGAAUUCGAAAAAAGUUUUCUAAGAAAAGUGGAUGUGUUUCCAGAAACCCCGAAAACAAAAGAAAACCUUACGAUAUGUGAUCCAGAAGAGACAAGGAUAAAGAAACUUAAAAAGAAAAUUUCUGACGACGAAUGCGUCAAUCCCGAUUUAGAAGUGAAAAAAUUGUUACCACGUGGUGCGGGUAAAAAAGAUGAUCACUCUAUUAAAAUUACUCAUAAAGUUAGUUCAGCGGGAAAUAGGAUUUAUUUAAAAUCUUCGUUUGCUAAACCUAGCCCCAAGCUGAAUCAAAGUUCUGGAGACAAGAAAUUUAAUAAUCUUAAAGAUGGAUGGUUGAACGAAUUAAGAUUAUUAUUGACAGAUCAGGAGAGGAUACUGCAACAAGAACGAAACCUUAGAGCUAUCGGCAACUGGAGAUUAAAACGAAAGAAUGAACUUCCCAAAGAGUGGCACGGUGAUUUAGCAAAAGCACCUUACGAUACAGAUCCACAAUAUAACAGAAUGCUGACACGAGAAGAGCUUGCUCAAACUCUCAAUGACUUCAAAGAAAAAGGUUUUACUAGACCAGGUGAUUCUUCUUUGACUACACCCGUCGAACUCCAAACUAUGAUUAAGCAUAUUAUGGAGCAGCUGAAGGAAAUGGACAUUCAAUGCGAACAAACUAACAACUUUGCCGAAAUGGAACAUGCCGAAAAACAAAUAAGAACCAUGAUGGAUAUUCAGAAGAAACUGAUGAGUUUAAAAUCUUUAAACGAUACAACGCUGUAAAAAAAAUGAAAUGAAAUGAGUCUUUUUUUAUUUCUUAAUCAUAAAUUAUAGUACAAUAAAAAAAAUUUGAUGAAAUAAAUUGUUACCAAAAUAUAUAACUUGGGAGUAUAUAAUACUAAAAAUCACAAAACAAAUUUCAUUAUUUUUUACAAAUAGAAUAGUUUUAUAUAAAUAAAAUAACAAUUGUGAAGAAAGACCAGCUCUCACUGUCAAAUCAGUCCAGGAACAUCUCGAAGAAAAUACUUCUCAAAACGUUCUACCCAUCACAAUUUUUCCUUUGAUUACUUCUUGUGUGUUUUCGAUAAAUCCCAACUUCCCAUAAAAAGCGUGAGUAUAACUAUCCGAUGUGUUCAUUAUAACAUGAACACCAAAAGAUCC